AUGGAAGGCGUCCAGCUCUUCCACCUGAUACGACGGCUCUACAUCCAUGCCUUUGACCCCUACCCUCCUUUCACCUCAUAUGGCGCUUGGGCAGUGGUGACGGGAUGCACGGACGGGAUCGGGCUGAGUUACGCCAAGGAGUUGGCCCGACACGGGAUGAAAAUCGUUUUGAUCGGCAGGAAUAUGGAGAAGCUUCAAGAAGUGGCACGAGUCAUAGAUAAGGAAUUCGGCGUUGAGACCUGCAUCAUUCAAGCCGACUUCACGAAGCUGGACAUCUACGACGGGAUGAAAGAGAAGCUGGCGGGCCUGGACAUCGGGGUCCUGGUGAACAACGUGGGGAUCCUAACGGAUUUCUCCCCCUUCUUAGACGUGCCCGAAGGAGAAAAGGCGUACCAGGACUUGCUACUCGUGAACAACCUGUCCAUGAUCCGGAUGACCCACAUGAUCCUCCCUGGAAUGGUCAAAAAAAGAAAGGGGAUUCUCAUUAAUGUCUCCUCUCUUAUUGGCAUCUCCCCUCUUCCUUUCUUGGCAACCUACGCGGCAACGAAGGCGUUUGCGGACAGCUUUUCUCGGAGUCUUGCCUACGAGUACAAAGACAAAGGGAUUCACGUCCACCUCGUCGGCCCUGGGCAAGUGUACACGAAAAUGACACACAAAUUACUGGAUGGACCCGGUUUUGGAGCGCCGACGCCGGAUGCCUUCGUCCGAUCGGAUCUUCGCUCCAUCACUAAAAUCCAAGUUACCUCCGGCUUUUGGUAUCAUAACCUCUUGAGAGAUUUCAUCAGUUUCUUGAAUUACGUCGCACCGACCUUGACGGUACAUCUGUUGGGAUGGAAACUGACGAGCGAGUUGGCCAAGCAGAGACUGGCAGGAAGCAGGAAAAAAUGACCGUUCAGUAUUAUCCGAAGGUUUCACGUGUUCCAGAAGCUCCACAUCAAAUGGAC